UUUCUUUGGAGGGCCGUGCGCCGUCGUAUCUAUUCUACUAAACCAUGGUUCGCUAUGUGAAAUCACAUCAACCAUCUCCGUUUACCCAGUCUUGGAUGUCCCAGCUCUGCAAUCGCAGAUAUCUGCAUAGAAGAGCACAGCAGGCCUGAUAGCAGUCACAACAACCCGACGCGCAAUGUUGAGUCUUGCACUAUCUCCAAAUAUGUUUGCGACGCCAGCAGUACCGCCUAGAAACGUUCUUAAUCGGUCGGAGUAUCGAUACGGCCCUCAUCGUUUCAGGUUGAGCCAGAUGGAAGCGCUGUCGAGGAGGUCGUCCGACUUUGCAGACGACACCACCAUCAAAGUCUCGCCAACGAGUCCAGGAGCCACAAGGCUAAAGAAGCGGCAAUGCUACCCCAAGCCCUCACGCGAUGCUGCUUCUUUCAUGACAGCGGGUCUGAAAAGGCACUUCGACGACGCACAAUUCUCAGAUCUGGUAGUCCGCUGCAGAGACGAUGAGUAUCAUGUACACCGCAUCAUCAUGUGCAGUCAUUCGCAAUGGUUCGCGAAGGUCUGCGCAAAGGCUUCAUUAGAGACAUCAGUGCAGACCAUCGACCUCAGCGCUGACGACCCUGACGCCGUCGACGCGAUGUUACAGUACUGCUAUCAACUUGACUACGCCGAUAAGUUCUUGGGCUUGAGCAGCGCAGGUUAUAUGAUAUAUACGCUCAGCCCUCACAUCGACAUUUACCUCCUCGCCGAGCGCUACAGCAUCCCGGGACUGAAGCAGCUGGCGGUAGACAAGUUCGAGGCUCGAGCAUCCGUGCUGUCUCGGGUCGAGGUCAAUAAGGACAAAUUUUUCCAGGCCAUCCGGGUCAUCUACGCUUCGACACGCUCAGCUGGAGAAGACGAUCUCCGGAAGGUAGCCGUGAAGCUCUGCGCAGACCAUUCGGAACAAUACAUUCUUCAAGGCGGAAAGACAGCGGCGAGAGUGUUCAAACUCAUGGACGAAAUACCGGCGUUCAGGAUCGACUUCAUCAAAGAGCUAGCUGCACGGCUGAAGUAGGCGCGGUGAAGUCGCUUGCCCAGGGAAACCAACGACUCCUCCUUUCUGUCGCGAAUAAGUCUUCCAAGGCCUCCAGCCUUUCCUUUCCUGCGGUCAUGUAUUUCAAUUGGUCCAUUUGUUAGGUGAGGCUUGCAUCUCUAUCGGAUUCAUCCUGGUAGGAACGGAGCGGAUUAGCAUACACGGCGCCUCAGGGCAUAUUCGGUCGGGAUCUCGUACUUUCUACUUCACUUCACCAUUUUGUCGUUAUACUGAUGAUGGCGACGGGUGUAGCUCA